CUUGACCAAGUGGACCAGCCAAGCUUAGAGGGCAUCAUCCAUUGCAGCAUCUUGUUAUGAUUCAGAUGUUCUCGGUGAGGCACAACAAAGCUUCCUGCUUGGGGCUCAGAAUUGUUCCUCGGGGCGAUCGAGCCAAAUGGACCACCGAGCUCAGUCGCUGUCGUGGAUCGCAGAGGAUGGUUGCACUCCCGGAAUGAGAUCGCACGGGCACUGGACGCUGCUUAGAUGCUUGUUCGCGACAGCUCGAUGCGAGGUCGCGGCCAUGAUCUCCCGCUAUCUUUGUCGCAACCUGUCCGUUCUUGCCCCACCAAGGCAUGGCUUAUCCGUCAGUCGGCAUCGAUUCGAGGUUGCAGCUGCCGGGGAUCGAGUGCAGCAGCAAGCUUUGGGACAUGGCGUGGACCCCGUGAGGCCCAUUUCGCAUCGUCUUGUCCCUUAAGCACCAUCAUCAAGGGCUCUUUUGUGCGUCAAGUGGCUUUCACUCCCUCCCCCUCCUCUGAUCCAGUGGUAGAGCGGAAAUGUUCUGUUCUAAGUUUGAUUCUGUUGGAGAAAUAUACUCCAUUCCUCCUCAAAGUAGAGAGGCAUACCCUAGUGGCAGGCAUGUCUCUGUUCCUCCCUCCUUUACAUGCUACCAAGGCAUCAAGCCUACUGGGUUUUCAUGGCUGCUGAAAUGAGAGAGAGGUGAUGGAAAGGAGAAACAUCAUCGAUGGUUUCACCACCUGCUGACUCCACCAUGUAUCCCUGCAAAUUAUAAAGCCAUUCAUGGGCUGCUCUGUGGAGCGAGUGAGCUCAUCAAUGGGAACAAAGAAGGGAAGGGCUGUGCUCCAUUGGGUGGUCUUCUUCUGGACCUUGGGCUUUGCAUCUGCUUUGCUUUCCCCUAAAGGUGUUAACUUUGAAGUGCAAGCUCUAAUGGACAUAAAAGCAUCACUCAAGGAUCCUCAUGGUGUUCUUGGGAAUUGGGACAGGGACUCUGUUGAUCCAUGCAGCUGGAGUAUGGUCUCAUGCUCACCUGAAAAUCUGGUCAUUGGCCUAGAAACUCCAAGCCAGAAUAUGUCUGGAACACUUUCUCCAAGCAUUGGCAACUUGACAAAUCUUGAGUUUGUGCUCCUGCAGAAUAACUACAUCUCAGGAUCAAUACCACCAGAAAUUGGGAAGCUUUCCAAGCUCCACAAGCUUGACCUCUCCAGCAACCACUUCCAUGGUGAAAUCCCUGCUUCACUGGGACACCUGAAGGGUCUUCAGUACCUAAGGCUAAAUAAUAACAGUCUCUCUGGUGCAUUUCCUCUGGCUUUGGCAAGUAUCACUGAACUCACUUUCCUGGAUUUGUCUUUCAACAAUUUUAGUGGCCCUAUACCAAGGUUUUCUGCCAGGACAUUUAGCAUUGUUGGAAAUCCUUUAAUUUGUCCAACUGGUUCAGAGCAAGAAUGCUUUAACACAGUGCCAGUUCCUGUGCCAGUCUCCUUCAACAAAAAUAAUACUCACGGUGUUCCAACUGCAAGAAGGCCAAAAAGUCACAAAGUUAUUGCAUUUGUGUCUUGCCUUGGAUGUAUAUGUGCUGUUAGCCUUGCCUUUGGUUUUUUUCUUUGGUGGAGGGAAAGGCAUAAUCAACAAAUAUUGUUCGAUGUCAAUGACCAACACAAUGAAGGAUUAUGCCUUGGAAAUCUGAAAAGAUUCCAUUUUAGGGAGCUUCAAAUUGCAACCAAUAAUUUCAGCAGCAAAAACAUACUGGGAAAAGGCGGGUUUGGAAAUGUCUACAAGGGGAAGCUGCAAGAUGGAACCUUAGUGGCUGUCAAAAGGCUCAAAGAUGGAAAUGCUGCAGGUGGAGAGAUACAGUUCCAAACUGAAGUUGAGAUGAUAAGCUUAGCAGUCCACAGAAACCUCCUUAAGCUAUGGGGUUACUGCAUGACUGCUACAGAGAGGCUUCUUGUUUAUCCAUACAUGUCCAAUGGAAGUGUUGCUUCUCGACUCAAAGCAAAACCAACACUGGACUGGAGUACAAGAAAAAGAAUUGCUCUCGGAGCUGCAAGAGGCCUUCUCUAUCUGCACGAGCAGUGUGAUCCUAAGAUCAUCCAUAGAGAUGUAAAGGCUGCCAACAUCUUGCUUGAUGACUACUGCGAGGCCGUAGUAGGAGACUUUGGCCUGGCAAAGCUUCUGGAUCACAGGGACUCUCAUGUCACAACAGCUGUUCGAGGAACCGUGGGGCACAUCGCCCCAGAGUAUCUAUCAACGGGGCAGUCCUCCGAGAAAACUGAUGUCUUUGGCUUCGGAGUUCUCCUCCUCGAACUCAUUACUGGCUUGAGAGCUCUGGAGUUUGGAAAGGCAGCAAACCAGAAAAGUGCCAUGCUUGACUGGGUAAGAGAAGUCCACAGAGAGAAGCUUGAUAUGAUUGUGGACAAGGAUCUGAAGAACAGCUACGACCAGGGUGAGCUUGAGGAGAUGGUGCAGGUAGCUCUCUUGUGCACACAGUAUCUCCCGGGCGACAGGCCUAAAAUGUCUGAGGUGGUCCGGAUGCUUGAAGCUGAUGGCUUCGCGGAGAGAAGGGAAGUCUCUCAUGGAGUUGCUGCUCGCAAAAUCGAGGUGUCUGAGUUCUCCUCAGAGCACUAUUCCGACCUGACUGAUGACUCCUCAUUGCUGAUCCAAGCAACGGAGCUCUCUGGUCCAAGAUGAUGAUUUUCACGGCAUGAAGCGACCCCAUCUUUGAAGAACUUGUACAGCAUAUGAUAGAUCGAAAUCUAUUUGGUUGCAGAAUGAGAGUGUACAAAUGGUUGUAUUUAACAGACGUACAAGAAAAGAACAUGUGAGUUCCAUCAGCCAUGAGAAUUCCACAGCAAAUCUUCUUCUUGCAUUCUGCAAGAAGAAUAUUCUGUUUGCCAUUGUGCAGAACACAUUAGAUUACAAGAGACCAGCAUCAAAGAUCUUCCAUUCAUUUAGAUUGACUCAUAACCAUUAAAAAAAGCUGGUCAGCUGGCAUUGUUCCGAAUAGAUUGACAGCAUCAAAUGCAAUUUGAUAGGGAUAAGCAGUGGUGUGCCAAAUCCACCAACACAGGAAUGGACAUUAAAGGCCACCAUGACAGCUGAGGGAUACAUGGCUGAGGUUUUGCUUGAUUUGGAUAAGGGUAUGACUCCUCCACGUAGUCCUACAACUCAUGGCCGACAAAAAUCUCUGGAGUUCUUCCUUUUCUCUGGAAAUUAAGCAGCAGAAUUUAUCUGGUUUGUUCUUUUUUUGUUGUUUCUAAAAAUAUAUUUGAUGGCCACAAAAUUCAAUUUUUAUGGAAAUUG